GGCUGUGACUUUGACGAACAAUUGUGAUCUUAAAUCUUUUCCUGCUCUUUUCAGCAAACGAAAAGCAUCUGUUUGGCCAUUGGCAACCAACGACUAGUGCGUUUGGCGUGGCCUUUGGUGAUUCUUGCUUACUGAUAACCAUCUUCAGAAGAACUUUCCCCUCAACAACAUACCCCAACAUUUUCGCCAAAUCCAAUUAAACCCGUUAUCUAAAUUUCCACACAAUGGAUCCACCAUUCGUCUCCAGCGACUCUCCUCCGUUGCGCUCGACGAUCCUUGGGUCUUUCCUCGGACGAGGAAGACCAAGAAACUCUUCACAAUCACACCCCAAUGCCUCAUCGCCUAACCCCGAUCCCCUACGACGAGAAACUUCUCCUUCACCGAAUCCUCCAUCGCCUAGUGGUCAAGCUGCAAGCUCAAUUAACCAUAGGCGAGGACGACCAGCAGGUCCCGGUAACGCCACUUCCGCUGUAUCCGCCGAAGUAGGAAAUGGCGUCCAACCUUCGACUUCGGCCCCAGGAGCCGGUUUGGCUUUUUCAAUGCUUAGAAGACGCAGAUCUGCGGGAACUAUGGCGAACGCAAACAACGUCAAUGCAGCCGGAGCCCCUGCAGUACCCACAGGAGUACCGUCUAGACCGCCCACAGCUCCUUCCGCAUCCGCAACUAAUCUUCGCAGUAUAUCCACGAACGCCGCUGCGAACAGGAUUCCUGCCUCAUUGAACUCGCCUCCCCACCGUCUGCGGCUCGUUCCGCACCUCGAAUCUCGUCGAUCCCUGCGUUUUGAUGCGAUAACGCGCGAUAUGCGCGUUGGCGAUCCUGCACUGCGAAUUGGACGAUUCACAGAUAGAUCGGGCAACAACCCGCACGGAGGAGGAGUUAACAACAACAACCCUAAUUCGUUCAAAUUGGCGUUCAAGAGCAAGGUCGUGAGUAGAGCGCAUGCCGAGUUGUGGACUGAAACCUCUUCUCCCUCAUCUGCUGCCUCCCCCGCCAAUGUCAAGUUUUUCAUCAAAGACACUAAAUCCUCUUCUGGUACCUUUCUCAACCAUGUCAGGCUCUCACCAGCCAAUACCGAGUCACGUCCGUUUCAGAUCAAAGAUGGUGAUAUUUUGCAAUUGGGUGUAGAUUAUCAGGGUGGAAGUGAGGAUAUUUACAAGAGUGUAAAAAUCAGAGUCGAGAUUGGAAGGGAGUGGCAGAGCGGAGCGAACAAGUUCAACACCACGGCCAUCAAAAACCUCAAAUCGCUCGCUCAGGCCGUCUCAGGCGUUACCGGAACUUCUGGACCUGGCAAGUCCAAGUCCGCUGGUUUACCAGAUUGUUGUAUAUGUCUCUUUCCCAUAGCGAUCAACCAAGCCCUCUUCAUAUCACCCUGCUCUCAUACAUUCCACUUCAAAUGCAUCCGACCGAUGGUAGAGGCGCAUUUCCCAAGUUGGAGUUGUCCGCUCUGUAGGAGCUUCGCUGAUCUGGAGGAGGAUGUCGAAGUGGAAGCCGAGAUGGACUAUGAUAUCGAAGAGAAAGACCAAGACCAAGACGCAGAUGUGGAAUUGGAAGCAGAUGGCAUAGCGGCACAGCCUAAUGGCGCGGCAGCGCUGGGUGUGCCUAUUGCUGAAGAUGACGAUUCGGCAGUCGAAGAAAUGUCUGACGACCCCGACCUCCAUGCUGCGAUAGCCGCGUCGAGAGUGACCGCAAAUAAUUCAAAUUCAACCAAUCCUUCCCCGCACAGUAACAAUCCUUUUCUGAAUAUGGUGAACGGCCGUUCUCCGAAUUUCUCGUCUUCGGCGCGCGAACCAAGAGACGGUGCAGAGACCGAGGUCGAGAGUGACCAUAUCGGCGGGUCGACGUUGAGACCUGCAAGGAAUCAGAGAAGGGGUCAUGGACGUAAUCCUUCUGCGCAGUUAGUCGACCCUAUCGCCACUGAAGGUAUGGACGAGGAACAGGACGAGGAUGGACGUGAGAAUGACGUGGAGAUGCUUGUCGACGCAGACGGUCAACCUGAUCAUGACCUUCAAGCUCACCCUCGCGUGGGCCACGCUGAAGCUGACGCUAUGAACCAUGACGAAGAUAUGGAGUUUGGGGGUGUAGCUGAAGUUAGGGAUGAUGCUGAGCUUGAAGGAAGGAGCUCGGGGAGUGGUAUGAGUGGAGAGGGUGAUGCUGCGGUCGGUGCUGCCGGUGCGAAGCGAAAACGGUAGAUGAGGAUCAGAUCGCGAGACAUCAUGAGAAGUGGCGAAUGAACCAUCGGUGUUGAAGACGUGUUCAGGAGGGAGAGGUAGUGGAAAGCUAGUUGACUGUCGUUCAUAGUGGU